AUGGAUGACCCUAGUGGGUUUGAAGAAAGAUUUGUGCAUAGAUUCUAUGACGAGAACUCUCGGGAGUUUUCUGCAACAAGAAGGAGGCACUGGGGAAUGACAAGGAGAUUCCUGGAUAACUAUUACACUCGGGAGUCCAUUGUGCUUGAUGCAGGAUGCGGAAAUGGAAGGUCCUUCCUGGUGCCGUGUAUGGUUGGGAUGGACUACUGCCUUGGCCUCCUAAACGAUGCCCGGGCAGCAGGCGGCCAAGGACUGGUAAGGGGAGAUGUCCUGGAGCUUCCUUUUGUGGACUGCAGCUUCGAUCUCGUACUCAGCGUUGCUGUAAUCCACCACCUCAGCACACGGUGCAGAAGGGAGAGGGCAAUGAAGGAGAUGAGAAGAGUCCUGAAGGACGGAGGCAAGAUGCUUCUGUAUGUGUGGGGGAGCUCGGCAAAGAGCAAAAGGAAGUUCUCGAGGGCAGCUGGUGGGUCUGAGCAGGACUAUCUUGCAACAUGGAAUCUCCGGAGCGAUACCAAGAGAUACUACCAUCUCUACGGCAUGGAGGGCCUACUGGAGCUCUGCACCGAUUCUGGAUUUAAGGUCCUGGACCAUGGGACCGAGGAAGAAAGUCUGUUUGCGGUUCUGGAGAAGUAG